AUGUACUGUUUUAGACGACACCAUUAUAAUAAAUCUGUAUUAAUUUGGUUGUUUCUGGUGAAAUACUGGGAAGGUAAUGAAUUUUGUACAGAUAUAUUUAAUCUUUUCAAUAAUCAUUCAAAUAUUAUUGAUGAGUCAGUCGUAGAAUAUGUUCACUCUGUUAUUCGAAGACAUACAAAAGAUGGCGCAAGUGAGAAAACUUUGGCUGAUACUAUGAAAGCGAUCUUUGGUUGUGGUCUACGCCAGGAGAAUUUCCGUUCAACUUUCACUCCAGCACGAAAUUAUGUAUUUAGUCGUGUUCAACUGAAGUACUUGCAUACUAGAGUGGCUAAAAUUUUAGUUUCUAUUUUUUCAAAAAUUUGUUCCAGUCCAGGUGAAUCGUAUUUACUUCCAAAAUCCAAAGGACAACCACGGGACUGCACAAUGUUCAUCCUUCCAACUUUAUUUGGUGAGAAACCAGUGAAAAGUUACAUGUUGCCACUGGGUUUUCAGUGUGAGAAGAAGCCAGACAUAAACAGUCGAUGUGACUACAUCUGUGUGGCACCGGAAGAUGCCGACUGGCAGAUUUUUGAAGGGUGCUGGCAUUCCUUUCACAAAGAAUGUUUGAAAGAUUUAACCUAUUGCCCCAUCUGUUCUAAUCAUCUAAAUAAUGUUAUUUAUCAUUGUCUAUAGCAGCUAACUCCUCUUUUGUAAAUGGAGGAAAUCAAGAUAACCUAGGUGUUGAUGUGCAAACAUCAGACUCAGAUUCUGAUGAUGAUAGUAAUGAAUUGGAAUGUGAUAAUUUGGGUAUUAAUACCAAUGAAUCUAAUAUUGAAAAUACGCUAAAUAAUAUCAACUUAUCGCUAAUGCAAUUAAGGCCUCAGUCGCCUAGUAAUACUUCUGUAAAUAGUAAUGAACAGUGUGAUGUUGAUUCAUCCACUUUAUUAACGAACGUACAAACAAGUAAGAGAUCUCCACAUUGUUGAACAUGCCAUCAUACAAGAAACGGGCAUGGCAAGGGAUCUUCUAAUGCUAAAUGCACUAUGUGUCCAGAUAAUAUAUGCUCAGCUAGUGGACGUAGUAAGCCAUGUAUAUGUCAUUGGCACAUAUCUCAACAAAAUUCUAUGGAGACAAUUAUACCAUAUUCUGUUGUUAAAUUUACUAAUGUCAAUUAUGUUAAUGAAUAUCUUCUAUCUUUUUGUCAGUCCAACAUGGACAGUCAAUCAUUGGGAAGUAAUGCAUGUACAAUUAUUGCUGUGUUAGUUGCUAUUAACUUCCUUUCUGAUACUGCAUGGUUUUCACAACACCACCUCCUCUCAACAUUGGAUUCCAUUUUCCUUGCCUACAGCUACCAACUGUUCACUGAGGGAAACCAGAUGUACGAGAGAGAGCCUUGAUGAGGAACAAAUUAAUUAUUGUGCACCUGAAAUUCUUGAGCAUCCAGAACUUGGCUUGAUAGACAAUGCUGAGGAGAAGAAUAUCAGUUCAACAAUUUUGCAGACUUUUUGUUAG